AGAGACAUUCUUAUAAAUACCAACUAACCGUCAGAGCAAGGACUAUUAUUGUCAGAAAGAUCAAUCAGGACGAACCAGUGCAAACAGCUCGCAAUACUAUUUAUAAAAUUUUAUCUCAAGUAGUGUUUGGCGAAACAUGGAUAAUAAACAAUUGCCCACUUCAUCAUGUAAAAAUGAGGAAAACAAAGAGGUGUUUAUGGCUUGGAUGCAGAAUCUCAUUAAUGGUAGAUUAGAGUCUGAGCAAAAAUGUGCUAAGCUUGAGCAAAAUAAUGCUGAGCUUAUGCAAAGUAAUAUUUACCUUAAUAAAGAAUUGAGUGAAAUGAUUGUUAGCGACAAAGAAUGUAAGCAAAAAAUUGCUGAGCUUGAAAAACAACUGGACGACCAAACAAAAGUGAUACUGAAAUUGAAGAAUAAGGAUAGGCGUAGCAAGCAGCAACGUUAUUUCCCACAACAGCGUCAUUCCCAGCAGGAGGAUAACUUCCACCAACAAGACACGCCACCUCAAAGUCCAAGUCCAAAAAAUACUCAGCAACGCGGAGAGGUCACUUGCAAGCAUAGCGACCUGCAAGGACAACCGGAACAGCACCUGGAGCUCAAUAAUACACACUUUCAGUAUAUGGCACAAAAAGUGCAUGGAGAUAUACAGGCAUCGCCGCAAAAAUACCAUACUGUUCCAGCAAACUCGAAUAUGGCCGAAAACAUCGCAGAAGUGACAGCACCGCGCAUUAUAAAUUGUGAAACAAUCAUCAAUGAUCAAGCAAACGCAAUGGCCCGAAAGAAAUCGCGAGCUUUAAAAAAACAACCACAUGAGAAAGUGCGAGAUGAAAAUAUUCUAAAGGAUAUUAUAUUUACGGUCGCAACUAGGAGUGGAGUGUCUGAAGAGGAAGUUCGUAAUACUAUUGCAACAAUUCGUGCCGAAGAGGAGAUACCGCGCAAUGCAAACUGGGCAACAAUCGCUCAUGGUGAUCGCAUUGACAACGACGGACAUCCAGAAAUAGGAGAGGCUUUUCAGGGAAAUAAUCUGGACUUACUUUGCUCCGUAGUUGCCGGAGACAUGGCGAUAUGUUUUCCGGACGAACACAAACGGAAAGCGAGUGUUAUGGAAUAUGAGAGUAACACAGAGCAAAAUGGUUCCCAGGAGCACGUAGGAGUUCAACCACAUUCAAAAAGGGCAGUCGCUACAAAACGGCCAACAAUCUCUCAAAGUAGUAAGCGUAGAUGCAGAUGGAUAAUACCUGGACCAUCCCAAGAAGUGUCACAGUGCCCACUCCAACCAUUGCAAAUAAAUGGCAAUAACACAAAUGAUAAAGUGACUUACAUAUCGAUUGGUCCUAACAAAACUCUCGUACCACAAAAAUAUUACGAAUCAAUUGAUUUUACUAAUGCUUCAGUGGCAACUCGAAAACUAUUAGUGAUCUGUUUUGAUCGUGAAACAUUAGCUACGCACUCAUUGAGCGGAAAGAGAUCGCCAGCUUUUAAAGACAAACCACUUAAAGAAGCGCUAGAUCCCCUAAUUGUAGAGGAUAUUAUAUUUGCGGUCACAACUAGGAGUGGAGUGUCUGCAAAGGAAGUGCGUGCUGCCAUCACCACAAAAUGCGCCGACGAGAACAAAAUGUGGCGAAAGAAACACCCAGAACUUAGCAAAACAGAUAAGGAAAAUUUUCUGCACAUCGAACUGCACAAAUGUGAUGGUAUAUGUAAAUAUCAGCUGUUUAUGGCUGUGGCACCAAUAAUUGAUAAGGAUAAGGAUAACCAUAACCAGUUGCAUUGUGAUUUGCUGAAUUGCGGCGAAAAACCAAAAUUCCGGCAAAGUAUGGCCAAUUUAUGGCGUAAUGGUUAUGGCACCUCUACAUUGGACUUUUAA